UGCAAUUACAUGCAAUAUCUGGCAUGAUCAGUAAACAAAGCUGCACCACAGAUUGCAGAUAACAUCAGAUCCACUAUGGACCCAAACCAGAGUAGCUCCUCCAAAGCUGAUAGAAAGACCAUAGAAAAGAAAAGGAGGAAUCACAUGAAAGGCCUCUGCACUGAACUCAAUUCCCUUGUUCCCCGUCAAAAUCUCAGGGAGGUCAAGUCAUUGACAGAUCAAGUUGAGGAAGCUGAAAAGUACAUAAAGAAAUUGCAAGUGAAGCUGGAGAAAAUGAAGGAGAAGAAAGAGCGUUUGAUGAGGGAUAAUCCAAAUGCUAGGUUUUAUGGGGGACUCGCAACUCAACCACAGAUUGAAAUUCACGAAUCUGGUGAUGCGUUGGUGCUCAAUCUGGUAACUGGUCUGGAAUUCGAGUUUAUGUUUAAUGAAACUAUUCGAAUGUGUCAUGAAGAAGGGUUGGAUAUCGUCAAUGCCAGCUUUUCCGUCACAGAGAACUCAGUAUUGCACAAUAUACACUCAAAGAUUGGAGAAUCUGCUGAAGAAGGUGCAAUUGCUCGAGUUACUGAGAAACUAAACACCUUUGUGGCCGGUUCUGCGUCAUAUUAAUCUUCCCCUAUGUCUUUCACACUCUGGUGAGUACUUGAUUAUGCCACCCAUGGAUGAAAAUGAGGGGAUCAGCAGAAUUUAAAAGGCCAAAGUGGAGAACCGAUUACUAUAUAUAUAAGAAGUUAAGACAAUGAUAUGUCUGUUGAGUUACUAUGUUAUGGUUAUGUGUGCUUGCUUUGUAUUUGGAAUUAGGGUUUCACUGAGCUAAGGUUUGCUGAUGAUUUGUGUGUAAUGUGUGAUACCAGUUUUAUCUGGCUAUGUUUUUCUCUUUUCUUGUAUCCAGUUGGGUAAUGAAUGUAUGUUUUUUCCCUUCAAAAAAGCAAAAUAUAAUCUUAGUUUUUGUUUGGAGUGUC